AUGGAAAAACACAACCUCACAGUGGUGACUGAGUUCAUCCUUAUGGGCAUCACUGACCGUCCUGAGCUGCAGGCCCCAUUCUUUGGACUCUUCCUCAUCAUCUACUUGAUCUCACUAAUAGGCAACACGGGCAUGAUCAUCCUGACCGUGGUGGACUCCCGGUUGCAAACCCCCAUGUACUUCUUUAUCAGACAUCUCUCUAUCACUGAUCUUGGUUAUUCUUCAGCUGUUGGACCAAAAAUGCUAGUAAAUUUUGUUGUGGAUCAAAAUACAAUCAGUAAUCAUCUUUGUGCAACACAGCUAACUUUCUUUCUUGUGUUCAUCAUUUGUGAACUCUUUGUUCUGUCUGCAAUGUCCUACGACCGCUACGUGGCCAUCUGCAAGCCUCUGCUCUACACUGUCCUCAUGUCCCAGAGGGUGUGUUGGACGCUAGUGGCCGUUCCUUAUUUCUACAGUGUCAUUAUUUCUCUUAUAAUCGCUAUAAAAUUUUUUUCAUUACCGUUUUGCGGCUACAGGAUUGUUAGUCAUUUCUGUGACAGUCUCCCUCUAAUAUCACUUCUCUGCUCAAAUACACAGGAAAUUGAAAUUAUUAUUUUGAUUUCAGCGGGGUUUAAUUUGGUUCCCUCUCUAGUGGUCCUCCUCUUUUCUUACCUACUCAUUCUUAUAGCUAUUUUUAGGAUGAAUUCAGCUGAAGGAAGACAGAAAGCUUUGUCUACCUGUGGGUCUCACUUGACAGUGGUCAUUGUCUUCUAUGGGACUUUGAUAUUCAUGUAUGUGCAGCCCAAGUCAAGUCACUCCUUUGACACUGAUAAGGUAGCAUCUGUCUUUUAUACCAUGGUUAUCCCCAUGUUGAAUCCUGUGAUAUAUAGUCUAAGAAACAAAGAUGUAAAAUGUGCCCUACAAAAGUUCUUGAACGUAUGUAAUAAUUUUUCUUAA